AUGGGUAAAUCCUCCAAAGACAAGCGGGAUGCCUACUACCGCCUAGCCAAAGAGCAAAACUGGCGCGCCCGGUCCGCCUUCAAACUCAUCCAAAUCGACGAGCAAUUCGAUCUAUUCGAGCACGAGAACCCAGACAAAGUCACCCGAGUCGUCGAUCUGUGCGCCGCCCCCGGCAGCUGGAGUCAAGUGCUGAGUCGCGUUCUGAUCAAGGGUGAGAGUUUCGGUCGCCGCGCCUGGGUCGAGAAGAAGCGCAAAGAAAAGGAAGCCCUCGAUCGGGUCCGCAAUGGCGACAACACCACCACAGUCACUUCAUCAGAAGACACCGACAUGGCCGAACUGAAACCCCGCAAGAACGUCAAAAUCGUCUCCAUCGACCUCCAACCCAUGGCGCCCCUCGAAGGCAUCACCACCCUCAAAGCAGACAUCACCCAUCCCUCCACCAUCCCGCUCCUCCUGCGCGCCCUGGACCCUGAAGCCUACGACUCCUCCACCUCUUCCACUCCCUCCGCCAUUCGUCCCCCUCACCCCGUCGACCUGGUCAUUUCCGACGGCGCCCCGGACGUAACAGGCUUGCACGACCUCGACAUCUACAUCCAAUCGCAAUUGCUCUACUCGGCGCUCAACCUCGCCCUGGGCGUCCUCCGCCCCGGCGGCAAAUUCGUCGCCAAGAUCUUCCGCGGCCGCGACGUCGAUCUCCUCUACGCGCAACUCCGCACCGUGUUCGAGAAAGUUAGCGUCGCAAAGCCGAGGAGUAGUCGUGCUAGUAGUCUGGAGGCGUUUGUCGUGUGCGAAGGGUUCAUCCCGCCUUCGAUCCAUGCUGGUACGGACGCUCUGAAGAACCCUAUCUUCGGGGGUGUGGCUGUCCCGCCGGCUGUUUCAGCGGAUGGUAAUGUCGGGGUGGAGGUUGUCGAGUUCAUUGCUUGUGGUGAUCUCUCGGCUUGGGAUUCCGAUGCCUCUUAUACGCUCCCGCCGGAUCAUGUCAGUUUGGAUCCGGUGCAGCCGCCUACUGCGCCGCCUUAUCGGCGGGCGUUGGAGUUGAGGAAGGAGAAGGGUGGUGCGUAUGGGAAGACGAAGUUGGGUAGUUUGGGACGGGCGUGA